GCCAUAGUCAUAAGCAUCAGCUGUCAUUAUUUUUGUUGUCUUCCAUUAUAUGCAUUUGCAAAAUUGUCAACAAAUUGUACAUAUACAUAUUUAUGUUUAUAUUCUAAAAGUAUAAUUUACACGUAUAUUUUUAAAUGGAUACGGGUUUUGGGCAAGAAAACAAGAUACCUGCUUCUGGAAAGGAUGCGGCAGCGACAUCACUGCUAAACCAAUUCAUCUUGGGACAAUUGAAAGAGAAGCAGGGUUCUAGUGGUGAAGUUGCAUCGCCUAAUGGAUUCGUGUUACCUAAGUUACAAAUGGGUAAUUCGAAAGCUGGUAACUUCGUUAUUCCACCAUUGAAAUUAUCACAAACAACUAAUACCACAGUGUGUAAUGUCAAAUUAUCAUCUUUGAUAAUUUCACAGACGCCAAAAAAUGAUGAGAAAAUUAUUGAUGGUAUUGGAGAAAUUAGUAAUGGCGUCAACAACCUUCAAGUGAAUGACUCAAGAACCGAGAAAAAUGUAGAACAAUCAAACCAUGCCAUAGACCUAACUGCCGCUUUAAGCACUGUUACAGGAAUUAUUGUGCAAAAUAAAAAAACGGUAUCUCCACCCGCCGAAGACUUUCAUAUACCAUUUAUAGAGUGUGAUCGUAAAGAGAAGCCUAUUCUAUUGCCUGUCAUUAACAAUUACUUCCAGCCAAGCAGAGACAUCUCUACAGCUCACAAAAAAUUGGCUACACCAUCAUCGUGUGGACGCAUUAUCUGUCUAAAAUAUAAACGAACACAUCCAUUUCCGGAAAUAAGUCACGUUUUUAAAGUAAAACAUAAAAUACAUCGUUUUCAUUUCGAUACUAAAUCGCCAGAUGAUAUUGUAUUGGCCACAUUAAACAAAUAUCAUCGGCAAUACUGACGAAGGCGGCUUUGCAGUCUACUAAAUAUUUUGAAAUUUGUACGCAUUAUAAGAAUUGACGUUUGUGACAUUAAAAUAUUGUACAAAAAAACUAAAUUUGUAAUAUGAAUACAA